AAAAAUAAAACCCACAUGCAAACGCACCCAAAAAUUUCACAACCAAACACAGUCAUAUUCCCCAUGCAUUCAUAUCAACCUCCAUUGAAACUACUCUCCAAUCUCUCUCUAUCUCAGAGACGCCAUGAACGUACGGACCAAAGCUCUCUGUUCAUCCCAGACUGUUCUCAUUUUCGUGACAGUGACGACCUUCUCCUCCUACUUGGCAUCUUCGUCUCUACACACCAUCAUCUACGUCGGCUGCUCCGACGUCAAGUACAAUCCCGCCGCCGCCGCCGCCUACGCCUCCAACCUCGAUUUCCUACUCUCCUCAAUAGCCAAAUCCGCCGCCGCCUCCGCCUACAACGCCUUCAACAUUUCAAUCCCCGGCGGCGGCGCCGCCGUCUACGGCGUCUUCCAGUGUCGCGGCGACCUAAGCGCCGCCGACUGCCGGCGCUGCGUUUCUCACGCGGUCACACGGCUCGGGACGGCCUGCGCCGGCUCCGGGGCCGGCGCGGCGGCCGGCGCGGCGCAGCUGGAGGGGUGCUUCGUGAGGUACGAUGACGUGGCGUUUGUGGGAGUGGAGGACAAGAGUGUGGUCUCCGAUAAAUGUGGACCGUCGGAUGACAAGGAGCCGUUGAGAGCGAGAGAUGCUGCGCUGGCGUAUCUGACGGCUGGGAAUGAGUAUUUUAGAGUGAGUGGGUCCGGGAAAUACCAAGGCGUGGCGCAGUGCGUGGAGGAUCUGAACGGAAUGGACUGCCAGGAUUGUCUGGUGGAGGCAAUCCAACGGUUGAAAACUCAGUGCGCGUGGUCAACUUCUGGCGACAUGUUCUUGGGCAAGUGUUACGCGCGGUUCUCCUCGCGCGGGCUCAUACCCAAACCCCGGAAUACAAACGAAAUGAACAAAACGCUAGCAAUAUUUGUUGGAAUAGUUAUGGGAAUUGCAAUUCUUAUUAUCAUACUUUCUAUUCUCAGAAGCAUUUAUGGCACCAAAAGAUGACGCAUCUUGGCUUUCUUCAACCCCAGCUUCUUCCUCUAGACUAACGAUUGCCUUGAAGGUAUUCCUGCAAGAAUCGUUAUAGGAUGAUACUAAAUCAUUCACAUUUAGCAAUUUGAUUUAGUGUACGCGUAAAUAAAAAAUAUCCUUAGAAGCAAUAUGGUGUUACUUCAUCGGAGUUUUGAUCAAAUCACAAAUGGCGAUCAAAAGGAUGAAGAAAUGCUGAUCUAACUACGAACAUAAACUGGUCACAAAAUCAACGAGGCCUUCAAGCACGGUUUAUCCUCAGUGGCACACAGCACUGGUGUGUUUGUGUUAUAUUAAUAUAAAUGAUGUGGUGCCAAUAAUAAUUUCAUAUGCUUUUUGCAGAUUUAUUGGGUGUAGUUCAGCAUAGUCCUGAAUUUAAUACUCUCUCCAUUCCAUAUCUAUAUA